AUGUCGUUGACACGGACUGCAGACAUCAAUCCGGACCAAGUCAUGACUUUCGUCUACGCUCCGUUUGAGGUCGAGCCCGGAGUCACUUCAAUCUACGUCCUGCAAGAAUACUCAUUGAAGGGCAACAACUCAUUAGACCUUGGCAUCUUCGAUGAACGUGGCUACAAGGUCAUGGGGUCCGACAACGGUACUGAUGGAUUCCGUGGGUGGUCCGGCGGGUUCAGAAACAACUUCACAAUCAGCCCGGCUGGCGGUGUGACUACGCCUUCAUAUAUUGGUGGGCCGAUCAGUCCUGGUACCUGGAACGUUGUACUUGGACCAUACGUCGUACUCCCUCAAGGCAUCGACUGGAAGCUGACGUUGACCUUUGGGUACAACGCUGUUGAGGACUAUUACCAAUAUGCCUACGCCGACAUCUUCCGUCAGCUCGAUUCUGGCCAGAUGGGUCGUAGAUAUGAAGACGAUGAGUAUUUUUGGCUACGAGGAGACUUCCACAUGCAUACCAUCUACAGCGAUGGUCGUUACACGCCCGAGCAGCAGAUCGGAAACGCUUUGAAUCGCACCCUGGACUUCAUCUUCUUUUCGGAACACAACACGUACUCUGGAAAUGCUGCCAUGGGCGCUUUCCAGGACAUUGCUGGGAAUUUGUUGAUUGGAAGAGCGAUUGAGGUUACAACUCGGCAUGGGCAUUGGCAAGCACUCGGCACCGAGCGAGAACAGAUCAUCGAAUGGCGUUACGAUCCAGGCAGUCAACCAGGUUAUCCAGAUGCUGCAUACCAGGUACAUCGAAGUGGUGGCUUAGUAUCUGUCAACCAUCCCUAUGCCAGUUGCUCACGGUGCGACUGGGGAUUCGACGAUUGGGACCACAACGACGCCAUCGAGGUUUGGAACGGUGCUACAGAGGCGAAUCUCAACCAGAAGGCAAUAGACAAGUGGCACUCUUUGCUGGUGUCCGGGCAGAGGGUAACCGCCAUUGGAGGUAGCGAUUCCCAUCAUCCACCAAGUCUCAACGGCCUUCCCACGACAGUCGUCAAAUCGAGGGCGCUCAGCCAAAGCGAGAUCUUGAGUGCCGUGAAGAAAGGCCAUACAUACAUCGUCGAAGGACCUGGAAUGGAAAUUGGCUUCACAGUCAGCACCAACCGAGGCCACACGUAUGACAUGGGCGACAAAAUCUCGCAGAGCGACGCUCGCGGUACCUUCGUCCACUUCGCCUCGCAACGCUUCGAUGGCAGCCGUGCUUGCUUCAUGACGGACCGAGGAUACUUUCGCAAUGAGACGAUUCGGAGCCGAAAGGAUAUUCGGUUUCCCUUGCCCAGGGGAGGCAUGAAGUUCGUGCGGGUGGAAGUUAGAAACUCAACUGAUGGGCUCCUGGGCUUAUCAAACCCGGUUUAUGUUGCGUCUUGA